AUGGGUCGCAUGCAUUGUGGCGGUAAAGGUAUAUCGCAGUCGGCGUUGCCGUUUCGCCGUUCUGUGCCGUCUUGGCUUAAACUUAGCAGCGACGAUGUACAAGAACAUAUCACUCGUCUUGCUAAAAAAGGCCUUCGACCAUCUCAGAUUGGUGUAAUACUUCGUGAUUCACAUGGAGUUGCUCAGGUACGGCGAGUGACUGGAAACAAAAUUGUAAGAAUUCUGAAAAGCAAGGGAAUGGCUCCUGAAAUACCUGAAGAUUUAUAUCAUCUGAUCAAAAAAGCUGUUAAUAUCCGGAAGCACUUGGAACGGAAUCGAAAAGAUAAAGACUCAAAAUACCGAUUAAUCUUGGUUGAAUCACGUAUACAUCGCCUUGCUCGAUAUUACAAGACAAAACGUCAGCUUCCGGCUACCUGGAAAUACGAAUCGGCAACUGCAUCAGCUCUUGUGUCAUAA